CUCCCUCACCUCCUCCUGAUGUUUGGACAAAAACAAACAGAGUUGGGGCCAAUGCACAGGGAGUACGCAGGAGAAGCCGUACAGAGGGUCAGUAUAUAUUGAGCAGCCUGCAGUGUUUUUGGUUCCUUCCAGAGCAGCAUAAGGCGAGCCACUGUAUCACUGAACCCUAGGAUCCACUGGCCUCAGACAUGGCACGUCUGGCCCUCCCCGUCUUCCUCCUUCUCUGCUUCUCCCUGCUCCACCUCGGCUCCAGCCGCCUGUCUCGCAGCAGGAAGGCUGUGUCAGCUCGUCAGUCCGGAGCUGCAGAGGAAGAUGAUGUGACGUCCCAGCUCGAGAGGUUGUGGCUGGAGGUGAACUCACUGAAGGAGAUGCAGGCGUUGCAGACAGUCUGUCUCCGUGGCAUCAAAGCUCACAGGAAAUGUUACCUAACCAUCGAGGAGCCCAAACAUUACCACGAGGCGAAUGAAGACUGCAUUGCCCAGGGGGGAACCCUUGCAACGCCGAGGGACAUGAUGGAGAACAAUGAACUGUGGGACUAUGCAAAGAGGAGCGCUCCGGGAUCCAAGGACUUCUGGAUCGGCGUGGCAGACAUAGUGAAAGAAGGCCAGUAUGUUGAUGUCAACAGCUUGCCCGUCAGCUUUUUACACUGGGACCGCUCCAAGAAGCAGCCCACAGGAACGAAGAGGGAGAGCUGUGUUGCCCUGUCAGUGGCUGCACAGGGAAAGUGGUACGAUGAGGUGUGUCGCAACCUGAAAAAGUACAUCUGUGAAUAUGUCAUUCCUUAAAGGUCCAGUGUGUAAGAUUUACGUGAAAGGGAUCUAUUGGCAGAAAUUGAACAUAAAAUAAUCCUAGUGAUUUUUUCAUUAGUGAGUUUCAUCUAAAUUGUAUGAAUUGUUGUUUUCUUUACC